AUGGCGUUUCCAAAGAAUCACUGUGCUCAACUGGAUCUGGAUUUCCAGACUCCAUUGAUCUUCGACGAAUCUCUCGACUUUUCCGACCCUGAGGAGUCGGGAUUUGUAGGAGCCUUUUCAGACAGCCUUCUAGCCAAGUCUGAAGGAUUAUUGUCUAUGUCUGCUUACGAGAAAUCUCCACAAGUCGAUUUAUUGGAUUAUGAUGCCACGCGGGCAUACCACGACGCGGCUGGAUUUUCCUCUUAUGCUCAGCCACCCUACGUAACACAUCUUUUUCCCUCUGCCCUGGAAAGCCACACCAUCCCGGACGAUGAUGGUGUACAUUAUGUGAUAGGUGAUGGGUCCUGCGAAUCUCAUCCCUUUGACGUGCCCCGCUCUCCUGUUUUGGACUUGGGUUCCCGUCAGCUGCCGGAAGUUACAUCCUACUCUCCGCUCACUGGCCAUGAAGGAUCAAAGCUCUCAGUCUAUCUCCAUUCCCUGUACGACCUUCUCUCACCUGCCCCAACUUCCUUCUCGUUGCUCUUUGGUUCCGAACGGUGUGCAUGCAUCGUUACUCCAUUAGGCUUCGUUAAAUCCAACUUCCAGUAUGUGCUAUCGGUCGAUGCGCCGCCUUUUGCAGCUACAGGUUGUCCUUCCCUCACGGUCCCUCUACAGAUGAUUAUGGAGGACAACGACAGUCAAGGGGCGCAAGCUGUUCAUGUUGGUGUUUUUACUUACGACCAUAAUCCUCAGUCUGCCGUUUCUCCUGCAGGCACAUCGCGGAAGAGACGACUUUCUGAUGCGUCCGACGAGACAUCAAGAUCAACUCGAUCAGCACCAGUUAAGCAGCUGCGCAUUAAGGAGCCGAAAACUUCAUUUGGGUACAGCGACAGUCUCUCAGGAUCGCCAUAUUCUCCUUACCUCCCAACUCCGACGACUGCAAACGUCUAUCCAGCCCAGUAUUAUCCAGUUUCUCCUCGUCCGUCUUUGCGACAAUACAGUGGGACUCCAUGUGCGUCGCAACCCAUGAUCAAAGCUCCUUCUCCACUAGCAUCAUCAUGGAGUCCAUCGUUUUCUACAGUCAAUAUGUCUGCUCGCAGCCCGGGAUUGUGCAUGACCCCCAAUUCUCAUUCCCCUUCAAUGCCUUCUCCUGUGAAAACGAUGAACCCAACUCUCAUUCGGACCUCUACCAUCCAGCAUUUGGCAGGCGCAGGCGGGCCGAACCAACAGUUCAAUCCUUAUGCGAUGUACCCUUCCAAAGCAAUUCUUAAGUUAAAUGGAGAUCUCGAUUCCAUGGCUGAAAACUGGACUUCCGAAGAAAACAGUUCAAAAAGGAGGCUUGUUCAUUUUACACGACGCCAGAACGGAAGCACUAUCCAUGCUGAUUUCAAACCUGUUGCUCCCUCUGACCGUGUUCCUAACAGCAUCUGCAUUAGUUGCAUCUAUUGGGAGGGCAAGAAAGAGUGUUAUGUGACAAGCGUUGAUACCAUUUACCUUCUCGAAUCACUUGUGGGAGUAAGAUUUACAGUUGAGGAGAAAAAUCGUAUCCGCAGAAACUUGGAAGGUUUUCGUCCAUUGACAGUAUCCAAGGCUAAACCAGAGAGCGAGGAUUUUUUCAAGGUCAUUAUGGGAUUUCCAAAUCCGAAGCCGCGCAAUAUCGAAAAGGAUGUGAAAGUCUUCCCCUGGAAGAUACUCUCCCAUGCGCUGAAGAAGAUUAUUGGGAAAUACUCUGCAAGUUAUUCGUCUACUGCAGGAGCUCUUCCGACUCCCAUUAGCUCAAAUUAUAUCAGUACGAGUGCAUCAGAUGGCAGUGCAGAUCUGCAUGCCACCUCUCCGCGAUCAAUUUCCGAAACGGGAGUCUCCGCUACAUAUGGUAGCAAUUUGGCAGCAACUGGAGUAUCUCCCCAUCUGCGCGGUCCAAAACAAACCCUGGAUAAUUCUCCUGUGCCUGGCUCAGUUGACCUUCGACUGAUGGUACCCAACAGCAGUCGCCAGUAUACCAACCUUCCUGCUCCACACCAUUACCAGACUAUCAAACAGCAGCCGCCUCAGCAAGCCCCUGGUGUGCCCGGGAGCCGUGGGUCGUGGGACUUUGCCUUCGUUAACUCACCCUCCUCAGCUACAGUAGUUCCCAGCCCUGCCCUCAGCUAUCCGCGCCAGAGCCACAUUACAUCUGUCAGCCAGGAUUAUGCGGCCCCACCAGUCUACUCACUGAGCAAUCCAACCACUGGACCCUAG